CAUCACUGACAGGCUGACGGAUUCCAGCGCCUUGGAAACCAGGGAAAGUCCGAUUUUUCUUUCCACACAGCUAAAUGGCUCGGAAUUACAAACUAUUCAACAUAUGUAGAUGAGUGAUUCAUUAUUGUACGCGUUUGGGUUCAGUUUGGAAAUGCAAACGAUGCCCCGGAUUUAAACUCAGACGCCCGACACUCCAGCAACAAUGCAUUUGUGUAGCUUUGUGGGCUCUUUACUCCUCCUUUUCAUCAGCAGAAUCAUGGAUGACUCUGUCGCCAGCACGGAGGAGAUCUUGCCUCCCACCAUUCAGAAACUGAUGAAGGGAUACAACAAGUACCUGAGGCCAUUCUUCGACAAUGGCCCUGUUACAGUAGGCAUGAGUUUGGAUAUCGCCAGCAUAGACACCAUAUCAGAAAUCAAUAUGGAUUACACAGCCACCAUCUUUCUUCGUCAGCGCUGGACAGAUGAACGGUUGUGUUUUGAUGGCAAUAAGAGCUUGAGUCUGGAUGGGAGACUGGUGGAACUCCUCUGGGUCCCUGACACGUUCAUUGUGGAUUCCAAGAAAUCCUUCCUGCAUGACAUUACUGUCGAAAACAGACUGAUCCGGAUAUUCCCCAAUGGGACUGUGCUGUAUGCCCUGAGAAUUACCACCACAGUGGCCUGCAGUAUGAACCUGACCAAAUACCCCAUGGACAGGCAGACAUGCACCCUUCAACUUGAAAGCUGGGGAUAUAACGUAAAAGAUGUUGUGUUCCACUGGACUCGGGGGAACCAGUCAGUUAGUGGUCUUGAUGACUUACAACUGGCUCAGUACACCCUUGAGGAUCACUACACUUCAGAAUCUGAGGCUGUUUAUGAGACUGGUAACUACCCUAAGUUGAUCUUCCACUUUAAACUCAAGCGGAGUAUCUUAUAUUUUAUUCUGGAGACGUACGUUCCUUCCAGUGCUCUGGUGGUCCUGUCCUGGGUCUCAUUCUGGAUCAGUCAGUCUUCAGUCCCAGCUCGCAUCUGCAUAGGAGUGACCACAGUGUUGACUAUGACCACCCUGAUGAUGGGAGCCCGCACCUCUCUUCCAAAUGCCAACUGCUUCAUCAAAGCCAUUGAUGUGUAUCUAGGUAUCUGCUUCAGCUUCAUUUUUGGAGCGCUAAUUGAAUACGCAGUUGCCCAUUUCUGCACUUUACACCAACCAAAUGCUGCCAAUGCAUACAUGUAUGGCCAGGAAAUGCAGGAGCGUGAGGAUGAAAUGAAUGGCAUCGUCACCUCCAUCGGCACCCAUGCUCUUAGGGUCCGUAAACGGGAGGAGAUGCUGUCCCGCAUGGGCAGCACCAACAGCCCCAAUCCUGGUAACAGUAAUGAGGAUGUCAGCUCAUCACAGGCACAGAACCGCUGCGGAAAGUCCAUAGCUGUGGCACGGCGAGUUGUGCGCUGUCUGUACUGCUGUAAAGUGGAGAACCCACACUACAUCGACAACUACUCACGACUUACCUUUCCUCUCUCCUUCAUCUUCAUUAAUCUCCUCUACUGGACGUACUACCUGUACUUCUAGAGCUCCUGCUCUGUGUGUCAGUAUGGGCACUAUGGGGUGGUGGCAGAUUUUCAAUCUGCUUCCCAACUGAAAGUCAAGAAAUUAAUUUGAAUGCAAUUUCUUACUCUGCCUUGCAUGAUUCCCUUGUGUGUCCAGUUGUGAAAAUUAAUUUUCGCUAUUCAACAUUAGGUUAUUUCUUCUUAUUUUCAGAUUGGCAAUAAACAUGAAGAAGUUACUAGUCAAGAGCUGUGGUUACAGAUGUCAUUGACUUGUUAGUCUGGAGGUUACAUUUUUGUUUAGAAUGCA